CUCCCCUCUUUCUCCUAUUCCUCUCCUACCCUUUCUUUUCCUUCAUCUCCCCCAUUUAACAACCCAAGAGAGAAGAACCCAUUUUUUCCCCCGUUUCUCUAUCCCUUUUCCUUUUUCAUUACCAAGCUUCGUAAUUUCUUGCAUAUUAUCAAAUAUUUCUCAUAAAACCCAUCUUCAAAACCCUUUUAAAAUUCAUUUUUAGCCUUUUUCUUUAAUUUUUACCUUUUUUUUUUUUUUGCUUGGUGUUAACUCUAGAUGUUAAAGCCAUGGAUAUAGCUCUUGCAAGCACCGCACCAAAAUCGCCAGAGGCUGAGCCCGAGCCUGAGCCAGUGACUGAAACACCAACUCGGAUCCAACCCACCAAGCCUGUAUCUUUCACCAACGGUGUUCUCAAGCGUCACAAGCCUCACCACCACCACCACUACCAAGCGCCACCCAUCGUCAUAACCUACAAAGAAUGUCUGAAGAACCAUGCAGCCAGCUUAGGCGGCCAUGCUUUAGACGGUUGCGGUGAAUUCAUGCCGUCGCCAACAGCCACCCCAACUGACCCAACUUCCCUCAAAUGUGCUGCUUGUGGGUGCCACCGCAACUUCCACCGCCGCGAACCGGAUGACCCACCACCCACAACAGCUACCCCAACAAUAGAAUACCAGCCUCACCACCGCCACCAUCCGCCACCACCAGCAACGGCAGGUCAACCAAAUCGUAGUCCUAACUCAGCUUCCCCACCACCGAUCUCAUCAUCUUACUACCCUUCAGCUCCCCACAUGCUUUUAGCUCUUUCAGGAGGUCUUACAAACUCCCAUUUACCAGCUGGUGGGCUGACACCAAACACUGCUAAUCUUGGUUCCAACUCAAAGAAAAGAUUCAGAACUAAGUUCACUCAGUACCAGAAGGAUAAGAUGCUGGAGUUUGCUGAGAAAAUUGGGUGGAAAAUCCAGAAAAGAGAUGAAGAAGAUAUUCAAGAAUUCUGCCGUGAAGUUGGGGUUGAUAGAGGGGUUUUAAAAGUUUGGAUGCAUAACAAUAAGAACACUUUUGGGAAGAAAGAUCAAGCCAAUGGAGGGUCCUCAACUAGAGAUGGAAUUGGGAAUGGGAAUGGGAAUGGGAAUGGGAAUGGGAAUGGAAAUGGAAAUGGAAAUGGAAAUGGAAAUGGAAGUGUUCGAUUCAACCAUGAAGAACAUAACAACAGCAACAACAACGGUCAGAAUCUGAACCAUCACUUCGAAACUGAUAGUGUUGCUCAUGUUGGAACUAAUGGCUGCUCUUCUUCUUCCUCUUGAUGCUGCUGUUGGUGAUGAUGAUGAUCAGCUUCAUUGUUCUUUUUUAUUUUUAUACCUCAUGGGGGGGAGAUAAUAAUCUGUUUAGAUAUAGAGUAAGGGACUUUGUUUAUUAGUUUAAAUUUUGUUCCUUUCAUUUUGUUCCUAAUUAGUUUAAUUAAGGAUCAUCACGUUGCUGCUAAUAUAUAACCUGGGAAUUAAGAGCUGCUUUGCAAUCCAAAAGGGAAUUUGAUUUAGAA